ACCAUUUCCACGUCAGUAAGUUUGCCUGUGGAGGAGAUUACCCUACCGGUGACAGAAUAUCAAUCUAAUUUUCUGCUAUAACAGACAAACAUCAGGGCAUGACAACUCUUCGUGGACCUGUUUAAAUAUACAUGAUGGACAAGAAUAUAUACAUUGUUCAAGGAGAGAUUUCUAUUGUUGUUGCUGCUAUCAAGAGGAACUCCAGAUGGAGUACCCAUACUCCUUUGGAUGAAGAACAGGACCCACUUCUCAACAGCUUCAGCAACUUGAAAGAGAUUCUCAAUAACAUAAAAGAUCUCUCUGAUGUGGAGCCCAAUGUGUUCCUUCGACCUUUUCUGGAGGUCGUUCGUUCAGAGGACACAACUGGACCAAUCACGGGCCUUGCUCUCACCUCUGUCAACAAGUUCUUGUCAUAUGGCCUUAUAGAUGCCAAUCAUGAAGCGGCAGCAGAGGGCAUCGAGAACAUGGCUGAUGCUGUCACACAUGCGAGAUUUGUAGGUACAGACCCGGCGAGCGAUGAAGUGGUGCUGAUGAAAAUCCUUCAGGUUUUGAGGACUUUGCUGCUGACUCCAGUAGGAGCCCAUCUGACUAAUGAGUCCGUUUGUGAGAUCAUGCAGUCCUGUUUUCGUAUAUGCUUUGAAAUGAGAUUAAGCGAGUUGCUGAGAAAGUCAGCUGAACACACGUUGGUGGACAUGGUGCAGCUGCUGUUCUCCAGAUUACCACAGUUCAAAGAAGAGGCCAAGAGUUAUGUAGGAACUAACAUGAAGAAGAUCCCAGGCUGUAUUCUGGACACACAGGAUUUUAUUUAUGCAGAUCAGCCUAGAAACGCCAAUCAGACGGGCUUAGAGAGGCUAAAGAUGAGAGCCGGGGGAAUGAGCGAGUCGUCCAAGUGGAAGAAGCAAAAGCGAUCACCCCGACCCCCUCGUCACAUGGUGCGCAGUGCUUCAGGGCAAAUGGAUCCAGCCCAGUCCAGUACUCUUACCAACAACCUCUCGGGUGGAGUUCCAUUCAUAGAACAGCAGAGUGGAGUUUCCCUCGCUCUUCCAGGUCCAGACAGUGCAACUUCCUCUAUCUCCAGCCCUACUGAUAGUGGCAUGGACGCUGACUCAAAAACCACCUCUAAGGAAGAUCUCACAGACCUGGAGCAGAGCAGCUCAACGGCCACCACUCCUGUAACGCCUUCUGGAGAGUCAGGCCGACUAGAAUCACAGUCUGAGGCCAGGGGAGUCGAGCAUGCCCAGUCGGCAUCAGUGGAAUCCAUUCCUGAAGUCCUGGAAGACCGAGACUUGCUGGCUGACCAGUCAGAUUCGGCAUCCAUCCAUGAUAUGGAUUACGUAAACCCUAGAGGAGUGCGCUUCAUGCAGUCCACCCAGAGAGAAGGUGCUGCUCUAGUCCCGUACGGACUUCCGUGUCUGAGAGAGCUCUUCCGGUUCCUCAUCUCUCUCACUAACCCACAUGACCGGCAUAACUCGGAUGUGAUGAUGCACAUGGGCUUGCAGCUGUUGAACGUGGCCCUAGAAGCUGCUCACAUUGCACCCUAUCAGUCACUCCUCUGUCUGGUCAAAGAUGAGCUCUGUAGGCACCUAAUACAGUUGUUAAACAUAGAUAGAAUGAAUCUGUACACCGCCUCCAUACGCGUUUGCUUUCUUAUAUUCGAAAGCAUGAGGGAGCAUCUGAAGUUUCAGCUUGAGAUGUACCUGAAGAAGCUGAUGGACAUUAUUACCUCAGAAAACCCUAAAAUGCCCUACGAAAUGAAGGAGAUGGCCCUUGAGGCUGUCGUACAGCUCUGGAGAAUCCCCAGCUUUGUUACAGAGCUCUAUAUAAAUUAUGACUGUGAUUUUUACUGCUCCAACCUGUUUGAGGACCUCACCAAACUUCUUUCCAAGAACGCCUUCCCAGUGUCUGGGCAGCUCUAUACAACCCAUCUCCUGUCUCUUGAAGCCCUGUUGACUGUGAUUGACAGCACAGAGGCUCACUGUCAGGCCAAAGUGCUAAACAGUGAUGCACAGCAGGACCAAUCAGAAUCAACGACAGGAGAAGCCAACGGUUCGGUUAACACACUCACAGAUUCAACCACAGAGGCUGGCAAAUCCAUACCCAAUGGGCAGAAUAGUGUGGUAUCAGAGGCCAACUCUGGUCCUCCAACCAGUGGUCAUCUGAUGGCAGAGAAGAUGAGAUUAGGUAGACAGGACCAGGAAGAGUCUGACUCAGCAGAGAAGAAAAGCCCUACAAAGCCACAACGUUUUACCAGCUGUCUGCCAGGUUCUCAGGAACUUUUAGAGAUCAAGAACAAGAAGAAGCUUCUCAUCGCCGGUACGGAGCAGUUCAAUCAGUCUCCAAAGAAAGGCAUUCAGUUCCUCCAGGAGAAAGGCCUGCUCAGCAGUCCAAUGGACAAUAAUGAGGUGGCCCAGUGGCUGAAAGAAAAUCCCCGUCUGGACAAGAAGAUGAUCGGAGAGUUCAUAAGCGACCGCAGAAACACAGACCUGCUGGACAGUUUUGUCAACACGUUCACCUUCCAAGGACUGCGCAUAGACGAAGCUCUCCGCUUGUAUCUGGAGGCAUUCCGUCUUCCCGGCGAAGCACCCGUCAUUCAUCGUCUCCUGGAAACCUUCACGGACAACUGGCACAAAGUGAACGGUAAUCCCUUCCUGACCAACGAUGCUGGCUUCGCUCUGGCUUACGCAGUCAUCAUGCUAAACACAGACCAGCACAACCAUAAUGUUCGUAAGCAGAACAUCCCUAUGACUGUAGAGCAAUUCAAGAAGAAUCUGAAAGGCGUGAACGGAGGGAAUGACUUUGAUCAAGACAUGCUGGAAGACAUCUACAAUGCCAUCAAGAAUGAGGAGAUUGUGAUGCCCGAUGAGCAGACGGGACUGGUAAAGGAAAACUAUGUGUGGAGUGUUCUGCUGCACAGAGGGACAUCACCCGAAGGGCUCUUCCUCCAUGUGCCAGAUAGCAGUUACGAUCGUGACCUCUUCACCAUGACUUGGGGACCCACUAUUGCCGCCCUCUCCUAUGUUUUUGACAAGAGUCUGGAUGACACAAUCAUUCAGAAGGCCAUUGCUGGGUUUAGGAAAUGCGCCAUGAUAUCUGCACACUACGGCUUCAGCGAUGUUUUUGACAACUUAAUCAUUUCACUCUGCAAGUUCACUACGCUCAGCUCCGAGUCUGUAGAGAACCUGCCGACCGUGUUUGGCAGUAACAGGAAGGCUCAAAUCGCUGCCAAAACUGUGUUCAGUCUGGCCCAUCGUCACGGUGACAUCUUACGAGAGGGAUGGAAGAACAUCAUGGACUCCAUGUUGCAACUCUUCAGGGCCGAGCUGUUACCCAAGUCCAUGGUCGAGGUUGAGGACUUUGUGGACCCGAAUGAGAAGAUUUCUUUACAGCGUGAAGAAACGCCAUCAAACAGGGGUGAGUCCGCCGUAUUGAGCUUUGUGAGCUGGUUAACGUUAAGUGAGCAGUCUGGAAACAGAGGCCCAUCCACUGAAAACCAAGAAGCCAAACAAGCUGCUAUCCUCUGCAUAAAGCAAUGUGACCCAGAGAAACUGAUCACAGAAAGCAAGUUCCUGCAGCUGGAGUCUUUACAGGAGCUCAUGAAGGCUCUCAUCUCUGUGACCCCUGAUGAGGAAACGUAUGAUGAAGAAGAUGCUGCUUUCUGUCUAGAGAUGCUUUUGCGUAUCAUUCUUGAAAACAGGGAUAGGGUAUCGUGUGUAUGGCAGACGGUACGGGAUCACUUAUAUCAGCUGUGUGUCCACGCUAAUGAGAGCUGCUUCCUGGUGGAGAGAGCUGUCGUGGGAUUGCUCAGACUUGCGAUACGUUUGCUGCGCAGAGAGGACAUCGGCUCACAGGUUCUUCUGUCUCUUCGCCUGCUGUUGAUGAUGAAGCCUCACGUUCUGUCCAGAGUCUGUAGAGAGGUCGCCUACGGCUUACACGAGUUACUUAAAACCAACGCUGCCAACAUACAUUGUACUGACGACUGGUACACGCUCUUUUCCCUUCUGGAAUGCAUCGGGACUGGGGUCAAACCUCCGGCUGCUUUGCAGGUUGCCAACAGCAGCCCAGACAACGACACGGGUGCUCAGUCAGACAGUGAGCUAAGCUCAUAUCACCACAGUGAAGUCAGUCUUGACCGAGGCUACACGUCUGACUCCGAAGUUUACACCGAGCAUGGCAAGUCCAGAUUACCUCGUUCGGCUACAGAUGUCGAUGUGGGGUGGCUUGUGGUGGGCAAAGAUGACCUGGAUGGUAGUAAGACAGCGGUGGUCCCUGCUCCAAAGGCCCUGCUCCCUGCUCUCAUUAACCAGUACAGUUUAACUCUCGGAGUAGACAUGGGUCUGCAUGACACCAAGUCCCUCAUCAAGUGCGUGGAUUCGCUUUCCUUCAUCGUGCGCGAUGCCGCCCAUGUCACACCGGAAAACUUUGAGCUUUGUGUUAAAGCCAUACGAGUGUUCGUGGAGGCGAGCCUCAACGGAGGGUACCGCACACACGAGAAGAAAAAGAUUCACAAAUAUGACUCCAAAAGCCGGCUCAGAAAGAAGCCAAGGGACAAGGAAGGCGCAUCACGACGAGCCAAAACGUCCAGUCAGCGGCCCGCCCGUUCCCAUAGCGACGAUGAGGAAGAUGAGGGCGUGCCGGCCAGUUACCACACGGUGUCUUUUCAGGUUAGUCUGGACUUGUUAGAUCUGAUGCAUACACUGCACACACGAGCAGCCGGCAUCUACAGCUCUUGGGCAGAGGAACAGCGCCAUCUUGAGACCAGUGGCAGAAAGAUCGAGGCGGACUCUCAGACUCUAUGGUCCAGCUGCUGGUGUCCUCUGCUUCAAGGCAUGGCAUGGUUGUGCUGUGACGCACGAAGACAAGUGCGCAUGCAAGCGCUUACCUACCUGCAGAGGGCGCUGCUGGUUCAUGACCUGCAAACUCUGGACGCUGUGGAGUGGGAAUCUUGUUUCAACAAGGUCCUGUUUCCUUUGCUCACCAAACUCUUAGAUAACGUCAGUCCAGCCGAUGUGGGCGGUAUGGAGGAGACCAGGAUGAGGGCAUGCACGCUGCUUUCUAAAGUGUUCCUACAGCAUCUCUCUCCCCUGCUCUCUUUGCCCACAUUUGCUGCCCUCUGGCUCACCAUUCUGGACUUCAUGGACAAGUACAUGCAUGCUGGUUCCAGCGACCUGCUGCUGGAAGCGAUCCCUGAAUCUUUGAAGAACAUGCUGUUGGUGAUGGACACCGCAGGGAUCUUUCACAGUGCAGACUCUCGUACAGGUUACUCGGACCUGUGGGAAAUCACCUGGGAGAGAAUUGACUGUUUCCUGCCCCGACUCAAAGAAGAGCUCUUCAAACAAGCUGUCAUUCAAGAACAGGUCUGUAAUGUUCCUGCGGAGCCCGUCCCACCCCCUAUCGCUGUUACGCCAGCCUCUCCCCCAGUGCCAGCCCCAUCGCCAGUGCCAGCGGCUCCUGCAGAGCCAAACGUCCCUAGCAGACCUACAUCACCUCAGGAUAUCCCCACACCUAGUGCCAACGGAACAGAUAGAUCAUCUCCAGUACCUCCUUCGACACCUCCCAUGGCCACUCCGUCAAAGAUGAGUUCUGCAGAAGCCCCGCCCCCUCUCAGUCAGUCUCCACUUAUCCUACAGCCCCUCGCAUCGCCACUGCAAGUGGGCGUGCCCCCAAUGUCUCUGCCAAUCAUUCUGAACCCUGCUCUUAUAGAGGCCACCUCACCUGUGCCCCUGCUGCCCCGGCCCACAACCGACUGACCCAGCCGUCAGAUAAAAGGCACGAGAGUGUUGUGACGUUUUAAGGAAUAAAACCCAUCUUAUUCCACCGUUCUCCUGUCUGCUUACACGCUCCUUCACACUAUUAAAUGAAAUGAAACAGCAGGACGUGGAAUAAGAGAGCGUGAGACAGAGGACAUUGAUUUGCAUGGUUGAAGAAACACCCAGAUCAUUUGGACUUUGAACGUCCUUCGGUUAGAUGUGCUACAUAAAUAACAAUAUUUAUUCAAACCAGAAAGGUGCCACUGAAAAUAUGAAGGGCAGUUUUAUUAUUGAUGGGAUUUGAUUUAUUUCCGAGUCAAGGCUAACAGUACCCGUCUGCACAGAUUUUAAUUUCUUUCUCCUGAGAUUUACUCAGGCGCUGAUCACAGAGAAUGUCUAAUUGGGACCGCAUGCAAAGCGGGUUCAGCAAAAGAAACCAUAAGAAACCGUUCAAUCAUUACAGCUUUAAUCACAGUUCAAACUAAAUGUAAACUGUACGGUAAUGAAGAAAACAAUUUACAGGACGUUUCUUUGGCUUUUACAUUCGUUUUGCCAUAAUUGGUCCAAAGACGGAGUUACAUAGCAGCAGCCACUUGUAUUUUCCAGUAAUGAAUCGUUGAUGGCAGACAUUUGUGGAUUAUUUCUACAAAAUGGUCCUUUUGGAUAAAAACGCUGUAAUUGCAGCUUGUGUCUAGUAUGACUGGAGAUGCCCUCAAUUUAUUUUGCGCACCACUACUACAUUCCACCCUUGUUCAUUUUCAAUCGGUUUUCUGUUUUUCCAUUAUGAAAUCAUACAGCAGAUUUCUAAAAAUGUCAGGUUUUUAUCUUAUUCUAUGUUUUUUUAUUCAUAAGUUGUCUUAAAGAGAGAUCAUAGUGUUUCUCAUGCUGUCUGCUGUAUCAUUUUGGCAGUUCUGACCUUUAAAGACUUCCAGAAACUUCUUAAAGCCAAAUAUCAAAAUCACCCCCAUGAUUUAAACACCCUCAAACCAUCCGUGAUACAUAUGUCCAUCAUAUUUAGACAAACACAUUUAGAGUUAUUUUAGUAAAUGUCCUUGCUUUUCCAAGCUUUAUAAUGGUAGAUAUCAGGGAUCAGGGAACAACUUCUGACUUUAAACCUCAAAAAAGUGCAUUCAUCCUUCACAGUAGUCCACAUGUUCCAAGGGGUUAAUUUUUGUACGAAAAAUAUCCAUAUUUCAAACUUUAUAAACUAGCUUCCGGUAGUGACGCCAUCUUGGAUUCACAAGCGAGAUUACCCGCAAAAAACCUUUAUUAACCUCUUGUGGCCAUGUGGAUUACUUCUGUGAAGGAUUGAUGCACUUUUUUGGGGUUUGAUGUCAGAAGUUGUUCCCUGAUUUCUCCAACUAUAAAGCUUGGAAAAAGCAAGGGCAUUUACUAAAAUAACUCCAAAUGGGGUGAGUAAAUCAUGGGUUAAAUUUGAUAUUUUCCUGGAGUAUCGCUUUAAGUCCUGCAAAAAAAAUAACACGUAGAUCAGUCCGGGCACUUUCAGAUGCACACUACAGAGGCCCUUCUUUGCAGUAAUAAUGCAUAACCUCUUUAUUUAUGGUUUAUCUCUAACUAUUAACCACUUCAUGAACCUGAGAAGUUCAUCCUUAAAGGAGCUAAAAAAGUCCCUUAUUCAAAAUGUAAUCGUUCUCAGGCCAUCAGCUUGUUUAAGUCAAGACCAGCUUAUUUGUUUCAAAAGAAUAGUUACAGUAUAUAGUGCAUCUGACAGUGAACAAUAUGUGAUCCUGACAGAAACUACUGGUGGUUUCACCUUCAUGGCUCAAGAAACUGUAGAUUUUAAGGAAUAAUAUUCUAAUUUAAUAUAGAUCGUCACUGCCUUACUUUAGAGAAAGCAGUCUUUAAAUGGCGCUGACACAAACCUAACACGUGUCAGAAGUGAAACAGACAUUGUCUUUUCUUUGUUUGCCUCUUGUUGUACUGCAUUCUUAGAUACAGCCGGAGCUAAAUCUGUAGUCAACAGUUCAUUCAAUGAAACUUAUCAGUGUAUAUAUAUACAUAUAUGAAUAAAAGUAAAUGUACUUUUUACAGUGUAAUAAAUAUAUAUGGUAAAAAUUAUAA